AUUAGCUGUUAGACAAUGGCUGGAAGUUUGUGGUUGGUUCAGGUAUUGGCACUGUGUGCUUUCUGUCAUGCUCUUCCAAAAUUGAGUAAAUUAAGGAAAAUGCCCCAAAACCCUCAAGCUCUGAUGCUCCAGCAAACUGACCAGUGGAUUCAGAAGCCAGUUCAACAGAUUAAUCAGCAGUUUCCUCAGAAGUUUCAGAUUCAGAAGCCUGUUCAACAGACUAAUCAGCAGUUUCUUCAGAAGUUUCAGAUUCAGAAGCCUGUUCAACAGACUAAUCAGCAGUUUCUUCAGAAGUUUCAGAUUCAGAAGCCUGUUCAACAGACUAAUCAGCAGUUUCCUCAGAAGCUUCAGAUUCAGAAGCCAGUUCAACAGACUAAUCAGCAGUUUCCUCAGAAGCUUCAGGUUCAGAAGCCAGUAGCGAAGGCUGAGCCUUUGGACAAAUGUGCUGUAGCUGAUUAUGAGCAGAUCCAAUGUGGACAGCCUGGUAUCAGUAGUGCUGAAUGUGAAGCUAUCAACUGCUGCUUUAGUGGACAGCAGUGUUACUAUGGGAAGGCAGUGACUGUCCAGUGUAUAAGAGAUGGUCAGUUUGUGGUAGUGGUGGCUAGAGAUGUUACACUGCCUCGACUGAGUCUGGAUUCAGUCAGUCUACUGGGAGGAAGUGACCCACCUUGCAGUCCUGUGGGGUCCACACCUUCCUUUGCUGUAUACCAGUUCCCUGUGACUGCAUGUGGCACAAGAGUGAUGGAGGACAGUGGUUAUGUGGUGUAUGAGAACAGCAUGACCUCCUCGUAUGAAGUGGGGAUGGGACCAUUUGGUUCCAUCACAAGGGACAGCCACUUUGAGCUUCUCUUCCAGUGUAGGUACUCUGGCACUUCUGUGCAAGCUCUGGUUGUGGAGGUUAACACUAUUCCUCCACCUCCACCAGUGGCUGCCCCUGGACCCCUCAGGGUUGAGCUUAGACUGGCCAAUGGUCAAUGUGUCACCAAAGGGUGUGCUGAAGGGGAUGAGGCCUACACGUCCUACUACAGUGAGGCUGAUUAUCCCAUCACAAAAGUCCUGCGGGAGCCUGUGUAUGUUGAGGUGCGCAUUAUGGAGAGGACUGACCCCAACAUUGUCCUGAUGCUGGGACGCUGCUGGGCAACUUCCACCCCCAGUCCACUCAGUCUACCCCAGUGGGACCUUCUGGUUGAUGGAUGCCCUUACCAGGAUGACCGUUACCUGACCACAUUGGUUCCAGUGACUGGAUCAUCUGGUCUUCAGUUCCCGACCCACUACAAGCGCUUUAUUGUGAAGAUGUUCACGUUUGUAGACACGGCAUCACUGGCUCCUCUGCAGGAAACGAUUUUCAUCCACUGUGGUACAGUGGUGUGCCACCCCUCAUCUCUUGGAUCAUGUGAGCAGCGUUGCAGCAGGGGACGAAGGGAUCUUCAUACAAAGAACACCUACAGUGGUCAUACUGUGGUUUCUAGUGGAGAAGUUACUCUGGUCCUCUGAAUUCAAUUGCUGCUUUAAUAAAGUGCUCAAAUCGUUAAA